UCGUCAAAUUCAUCAGUCACAUAAUAUUUUGUUUGAGUUCGGUUCGAGUCGGGUUAAUUCACACACUAGUUCAUUCGGGUUUGUAUAAUAUGGAUUUCCAGCUCUAUCAAUUUGAAAAGGAAACAAUAAAAAGACAGGGCUUGAAACAUAACAAUAAAAAGUCCAGUCUCACUCUCUACCUUCACACUAUCUCAGCCGCCGUCGGUCAGUCGGCCGGAGCCACCGUCCGGAGCCGGAGAUUGUAGUUUCUCUGUCUUCAAAGGGGGUUCUAUGAUUAUGUUCCCAAGAACCUAUUUCAGGGGAUACUUCACAAGAAUAGCCAAUUCUACAGCUGAUUUGCUCGAAUCUCCACUUAUAAAAACGCAAAUUAAUCCAUUAAUACAGUCAAACAAGAUCCCAGAUGUGUUAGAAUGUAAUUUUCAGAUUAAAGAGUUUGUGAAAACUGGUCGUUUGGAAGAUGCACGCAAACUGUUCGAUGAAAUGCCGCAAAGAGAUGUGGUUUCUUGGACCAAUGUGAUAUCUGGGUAUGUCAAUGCAUCGAACUAUGACGAGGGUUUGAAUUUGUUUUCAAGAAUGUGUGUUGACCCGUGUAUUAGAGUGGACCCCUUUGUACUUAGUUUGGCUCUGAAAGCUUGUGGACUUAAUAAUAGUUUAACUAAUGGGAGAUUGUUGCAUGGUGCUUGUGUUAAGAAUGGUCUUGUUAAUUCUGUGUUUGUGGGGAGUUCACUUUUGGACAUGUAUGCUAAGUCUGGCUACAUUUCGGAGAGUUGUCUAGUUUUCGAGCAGAUGCCGGAGAAGAAUGUAGUUUCAUGGACUGCUAUUAUAACAGGACUGGUUAAGGCUGGUUAUUGUAAGGAAGGGUUGCUGUAUUUUUCUGAAAUGUGGCGCUCUGGUUUGCACUGUGAUGCAUAUAGUUUUGCCAUUGCAUUGAAGGCUUGUGCUGAUAUAUGUGAUCUGGAACAUGGCAAGGAAAUCCAUACACAAGCAUUAAAGAAGGGUUUUGAUUUAGGCUCUUAUGUGGUGAAUACUCUUGCUACAAUGUACAAUAAAUGUGGGAAGUUGGAUUAUGGUAUGUGUUUGUUUGGAAGAAUGACUAUCCCUGAUGUGGUUGGAUGGACUUCACUCAUUACUUCCUAUGUUCAGAUGGGUAAAGAAGAGAUUGCUGUUCAACAGUUUAAGCGAUUGAGAGAUUCCGAGGUGAGGCCUAAUGAAUACACAUUUGCUGCAGUUAUUACUGCUUGUGCCCAUCUUGGUAGAAUUAAUUGGGGUGAACAAUUACAUGCUCAUGUCAUGAGAGCUGGUUCCUUAAAUGCUCUAUCGGUUGCAAAUUCAGUCAUGACAUUGUAUUCGAGAUGUGGUCAGUUAAAAUCAGCAUCUUUGGUUUUUGAUUGUAUGACUAGCAAAGAUAUUGUUUCAUGGAGCAGCAUAAUUACAGGAUAUUCUCAAGCUGGAUAUGGCAAGGAAGCGUUUGAUUAUUUCUCAUGGAUGAGAAGGGAAGGGCCAAAACCUACAGAAUUUGCUUUUGCUAGUAUGUUGAGCGUGUCUGGUAGUAUGGCAAUACUUGAGCAAGGUAGACAAGUACAUGCUCAUGUAUUGAAAGUUGGAUUAAAACAUACAUCUUUGAUACAAAGUGCGCUGAUUACUAUGUAUUCCAAAUGUGGAAGCAUAAAGGACGCCUCAGAGAUAUACAAUGGAACGAGCAAGGAUGAUGUUGUGUCGUGGACUUCCAUGGUAAAUGGAUUUGCUGAACAUGGUGACAGUCUAGAAGCUUUAGAUUUGUUUGAUAAAAUGCUGCUAGCUGGUUUGAGGCCAGAUGCUGUGACAUACAUUGGAGUUCUUUCUGCUUGUAGCCAUGCAGGACUUGUGGAUCUGGGUUAUUCCUAUUUUAAUUCUAUGAGCCAGAAGUUUCAGAUAAGUCCCUGUAAAGAACAUUAUGGCUGCAUGGUUGACCUCUUAUGCAGAGCUGGAAGGCUAACAGAAGCUGAGAACAUGAUAAAUACCAUGUCAUAUGAAGUAGAUGAUGUUAUCUGGUCGACCUUUCUGAGAGCAUGUAAAAUUCAUGGUGAUGUUGAGCGUGCCAGACAUGCUGCCGAAAGGAUUCUUGAACACAAUCCCAAUUGUGCUGGGACACUUACUACUUUAGCUAACAUUUACUCUGCAAAGGGAAGGUGGAGAGAGGCAGCGGAUAUCAGAAAGCUGAUGAGAUCUAAAGGGGUAGUGAAAGAUGCAGGAUCAUCAUGGAUUAAGGUUAAAGAUGAGGUCUCUACAUUUGUUUCUGGGGAUAAAUCACAUCCAGGUGGUGAUCAUAUUUACAAUAUCCUGGAUUUGCUGAUGUCUGGUGUAGAUGUACUUGAUAAGGAGGAUGAUUCCCUUCUGCAAGCCACAUAAAUUUAAAAGGGAGUUCAUCUUGGUUUGAUCACUUGAAAAAUUCCAAUUGAGAACAUGAGAUGCAUGUUCUUGUAGACUUGCAGUCACUCUUGGGUCAUGACAAGGUUCCUCGAGAGUCGAGGCACAAGCACAUCAUAGUUGAAUAACUCACUGUUAAAUCAGGGGUCUGUGUGCAGGGUGUGGGAUUGGAAGCAAUUCUAAUCAUAUUGUCUGGCCAAGAAAGAGAUGUUUGGAAGAUUUAUGUCAUUCCAGAACAGCAGUACGGCACUGACAAUUGGAUUUUCAGCCAGUUUCCAAGCAUACCUGUACAAGAGUUGGAAGUCCUGAAGACGUGUGCAACCCAUGCCCCUUUGCUUCCCAAUUUUUCUCUGCCAGCUUUAUUCUUCCAGUCCUCUACUUAUCAAGGAAUGAAGAUGAUGAUGAAGAUGAGAAAAGGAUAAAGGCUGAAGACAAGCUUCCUCAAUGUCAGGUUCUCUCAUUGCUGCAAUUAUGAUUCCAUCUGAUUCCUUUCCUCAGCACAUAACAAUUAGAACUUCAGUACUGGAGGUUGCAGGGUUUGUUUCUCUCCCAAUUUUCAAUCAGAAAUUUGUUUAAAUAACCCUCUGUGCAGAUGCGACAACUAAUUUAAUACUAAUCCCUACGAGACCUUGUUAGAAUUAAUUUUGGGAUCAUCAAACUAUAAAUUUUAGGUAUAUUUUUGAAUUCUUAUGAGGAAAUAUGGAGGUUAUUAGUCAAUUGGGUUAUAAUUUGAACUUUAUAUUUGACUUUUACGAACUUUAGACUGAAAUAAAUGAGAAUAAGCUUGCAAAUUGCUGGGUUUGUCGUGAUUGUGAUAAUAUUUUAACUAAGGCAAUUCUGAUUGCU